AUGUUGUUUUCCCUUUUGUUUGGGCCCAGUGGAAAGGAGAGGGCGGUAUGUGAAGGCUGUGACAGGGUGAUCGUAGACCGCUUUCUGUUGAGGGUGAAUGACAGCUUUUGGCACGAGCAGUGUGUGCAAUGUGCUGGGUGCAGGGAGCCCCUCACCACCACUUGCUACUACAGAGACAAGAAGCUUUACUGCAAACAUGACUAUGAGAAGCUGUUUGUAGCCAAGUGCAGCGGCUGCAUGGAGACGAUCGCUCCCACCGAGUUCGUCAUGCGGGCGCAGAAGAGCGUCUACCACCUGCCCUGCUUCUGCUGCUGCGUGUGCGAGCGGCAGCUCCAGAAAGGCGAUGAGUUUGUGCUGAAGGAGGGCCAGCUGCUCUGCAAGGGCGACUACGAGAAGGAGAGGGAGCUACUGAGUCUGGUCAGCCCAGCCGCCUCGGAUUCAGCCAAAAGCGAUGACGAAGACUGCAUCGGCAAACUAGAGCAGCUGCAGUGCAAAGGAGGGGACGAUUCCAAAGAUCCCAAGCGACCAAAAAGGCCUCGAACUAUUCUGACCACGCAACAGAGGCGAGCCUUCAAGGCGUCCUUCGAGGUGUCCUCCAAGCCCUGCAGGAAGGUCAGGGAAACCCUCGCAGCAGAAACAGGUCUGAGUGUCCGAGUUGUGCAAGUCUGGUUUCAGAAUCAGAGAGCAAAGAUGAAGAAACUCGCUCGCAGGCAGCAGCAACAACAACAAGACCAGCAGAACACCCAGCGCCUGAAUACAGUCCCAGCGAACAGUUCCAAUAACCCUGGAAUGGAAACGAUGAUGAACCCUUAUACAAGCCUGCCUUCACAGCAGCUCCUGGCUAUUGAACAGAAUGGAUAUAGCACCGAUCCUUUCCGACAAGGCCUCACUCCUCCUCAGAUGCCGGGAGACCAUAUGCACCCUUAUGGCAACGAGACCCUUUUCCAUGACAUGGACAGCGACACAUCACUCAACAGUCUAGGCGACUGCCUCCUGGCAACCAAUGAAGCGAGCUCCAUGCAAGCUCGGAUAGGAAACCCCAUAGAUCGGCUCUACUCCAUGCAGAACUCCUACUUUACCUCAUGA